AUGAACACUUUGCUGUGGUUGGGUUCUGAAGGAGGAGCAGGUUCAAGGAGAGCCAACAAAGCAUUGGUUUUCCAGUUUACUGUUUCCGAGGAGAUGGACUGCUGCCAGGUUGGAGGUCAGUCCUUCUUAGUCACCAACAACAACAACUUCAGUCUUCUGCUGCAAUUCAAAACUCCAGCUGAUAUGCAGAACUUCCAGAGAUUACUGAAGACCGAGGAAAAUGAAGAGAACGGGAAAGGACCAACAAUGUUUGACAAAAGGAUUGAAAAGAACCCUGAACAGUGCUACCAGUUCCACAGCUGUCUGACCCAGCAGCAAAGCCUGCUUCAGGACUACUUGAGGAACGCCACCUAUCAGAAAGCCAUUUUAGUCAAUGAGGCUGACUUCAGAGACAAGGUGGUUCUGGAUGUGGGCUGUGGUUCUGGUAUUCUGUCUUUUUUUGCAGUCCAGGCCGGGGCUGCCAGAGUGUAUGCUGUUGAGUCCAGCCCUAUGGCCAAGUAUACACAGAUCCUGGUGGAGGAUAACCGUCUCUCUGAGCACAUCAGGGUCUUUGAGGGGGAGGUGGAACAGGUCAACCUUCCUGACAUGGUGGAUGUCAUCAUCUCUGAGCCCAUGGGUUAUAUGUUAGUUAACGAAAGGCUCAUGGAGAACUUCUUGUUUGCCAGGAGAUGGCUCAAACCCAAUGGUGUGAUGUUUCCCUCCUAUGGAGACAUUCACGUGGCUCCUUUCAGUGAUGACCAGCUGUACUUUGAGCACUACGCACGGGCCAGUUUCUGGCAGCAGAGGAGCUUCUAUGGUGUGAACCUGAGUGCUCUUCACAAUGCUGCGGUGGAAGAGUUAUUCAGGCAGCCUAUAGUGGACACAUUUGAUGUUCAUAUCCUGAUGGCCAGGUCUGUCAAGCACUGCAUCAAUUUCAUGGAAGCUAAAGAAGAGGAUUUACUCAGAAUAGAGAUUCCCUUUGUGUUUACUCUGCUCCAGUCUGGUCUGAUCCAUGGACUUGCCUUCUGGUUUGAUGUGGCCUACCUGGGAUCCAAGGCCACAGUAUGGUUCUCCACUGCUCCCACAGAGCCUCUGACCCGCUGGUUCCAGGUCAGAUGUCUACUUCAGACGCCGCUCUUUGCCAAGCUUGGACAGACUUUGUCUGGGACAGUCCAACUGGCUGCUAACAACAGACAAAGCUAUGACAUCCACAUCACAGCUACAGUGGACCAAUCAGGCUUCAGAUCUGGGAACAUCCUGGAUCUCAAGAAUCCUUUCUUCAGUCACCAUCCAGAGCUUGUGACCAUAGGUGUGGAUAGGGAUGUAGAUCGACUAGCAAAGCGACAGCUUAGCCUUCUACACUAUGACAAACUGGUAUAG